AUGGAGAAAUCCAACGAUGGUCAAGUCCCGGACGCGGCAGUGGAAAUCUACCAGAUGACCAGAGAAGAUUUGGACGACUUGCUCGAUCAGGCCAGAGAAGAGGCAGUGCAGGCUUUUAAUGCAUUGUCCCACCCAAGGAAUUCGCCACCGGUCUCAUCCGGCCUAGGCACUUCUUCAAUGAACCUGGUGCAGCCAGUUUCGACUAGUUUGGUUCCUUGCACGUCAACCGUGCCUGCCGGCCUCGGCAUUAUGACUCUGAAUCCUGGACAACCAGCGAGGCCCGCAUUCAAGAAGGCCGGGCUUAGUCGCCAGUAUGAAUUCAACGCGGGAGUAGCUGCCUCCUUGGCAGCAUUGGUGGAAUCAGCGCCCGAAUCACUCAAGGUCAGCCUCAACCAGGUGAUUGGGCAGCUCAAUCAGCGAAACGAAUUACUGGUCAUCGCCGACACGGAUCCGGAAGUGUUCGAGUUUUAUGAUCAACAUAGUAGGGCAGAGACCCUUCAGUCCUCGAACCCCAUUUUAGCGGCGUUCCUUCGAGAAAGGAAGAAGAAAGAGUGCAAGAAGCCAGCUCCUCGCUCAACUUUAAUCACGGUUCACGCCGUCCGUCACAGGGCCGACAGCCCUUUCGGUUCGGAGGGGCGUCGUGGGCCCGCGCCUCUCCGGCCGCACAGCCCUCCUACCAAGAUCGCCAGGAGCGAAAUGCAGGAAGAUUCGGUCAAGGCAGGCCAAGGGACAUGUGUUAUAACUGUGGGCGAUUUGGGCACUUCGCCCAGGACUGUCGAGCGCCCCAGAAACAUUGAAGGUCAGUUUCAAGCAGGGAAUAUCCACAAUCAUUUUACUUUUUGGUCUUCAUUAAAACUGUCCUCUUUCGUUGAGAAUGUUUUACUGCAUGGGUAUUCCCUUGAUAUCAAGGAGGGGCGGUAUACAGAUUUCAUUAGGUCAAACUCCAGUUCUACACUGGAGUUCAGCGAUUUUGUUGACGGCGAGAUCUCGAAGCUGUUAGCUAGCACAGCCAUUGAAGAAGUAGUUCAGCAAGAUCGGGGUAAAAUCAGAGUGAAUCCUUUAAUGGUGGCCGUGGGUAAGAAACCUAGGUUGAUUCUGGACCUCUCCCAUCUGAAUAAAUCGCUUACGAGGUAUAAAGUCAAGUUCGAAGACUUGCCUAAAGUCCUUCCAGCGUUGCCUAGGGGCGGGUAUAUGGGGUCCUUCGAUCUGAAAGCAGGGUAUCACCAUGUCAGGAUCAAUCCUUCCUAUACCAAUCUUUUAGGAUUUAGUUGGCGCGGGAAGUUCUAUAAGUUUUUGGUUCUUCCUUUUGGGCUGUUGCUCGGCUCCUAUGGUAUUCACGAAAAUUAUGAGGCCCAUCUUGUAUAA